AUGCUGAACAAAAAUCCCGCGCGCUUAGGGAAGUGGCGCCGUGGCAAGAAGACUUGUGAUUUCGUAUUUGCGAUCGGCGAAGCCGAUAAGAGCGAUCGAAGAGGCUGGAUCUUAGACAUAGGUGCUAGCCGCCACCUUGUGAGUGACGUGCAACACCUGAUCGAGUCGAGAUUGUGCAACGACGAGAUUGCCAUGGCAGACAGCGUGUCGCUCCAGCUGACAAAAUACGGCAGCGUACGACUGAACGUCAUCGCGAACGGAGCAGCGGCGACCGUGACGCUCACCGACGUCUACCUGGCGCCGAGCCAGGCAAAGAAUAUCGUUUCGUACAAGAAACGCAAUUGUAAAGGGUUCGCGCUCGUGUUUGAUGAAGACAAGCGCUCGCUCGCCCGGCGCAGUGACGGCGCUGUCGCUUUUGACUUAGCAAUAAAAAGCAACGUGCUGUUAUCAGGGGCAGCCGAGGACUUUGCAGCCGACGUCCAAGAGGGCACACUGCUACAUUUCCACCAGCGGAUGGCGCGCGACCCGGCGUCUGGCAUACGUCUCACGAGCCACCUGCGCACGGCAUGCGUGUCUUGCAUGGAGUGCAAGCAGCCGCGUAACGCGCAUCCGAAGCGAGACAGCGGCGAGACCGCGCCGAUAGACCGCACGAGAGGCGAAGCCGCAGCGAAGCAAUUUGAGGCGUUUCUAACGCACUUCGAGGAGCGAUUCGACUGUGGGAUCCAUGUGCUCCGCAACGGCGGCGGCGACGUGUACGCCAACGUGGAACUUUUCUGCAAGCGCACCGGAGUGGCGCGGCAGAUCUCGGAGGCGAGGGACAAAUCGUUGAACGAGAAGGCGGAGCGUAUGCGCCGCACGAUUCUCAACCUCGCUCGAAGCAUGAUGUUCGCCUGCGCGCUUCCACUCAACUUCCGGGGCGACGCUGUGUUGUACGCGGUGUACGUGCUAAAAAGGAGCACAACUCGCUCAAACCCGAAGCGUGUGCCGCUGCUCGGAAUGCUGACGGGUACUGCGCCUGACUUGCGGUAG